UCUGUGGGGAAAGAUGCCGUUACCUUUUGGGCUCAAAUUGAAACGAACUCGACGUUACACAGUGUCCAGCAAGAGCUGCUUGGUGGCCCGCAUCCAGCUGCUCAACAAUGAAUUUGUGGAGUUCACUCUUUCUGUGGAGAGCACCGGCCAGGAAAGUCUGGAGGCUGUGGCUCAGAGACUCGAACUGCGGGAGAUUACUUACUUCAGUCUGUGGUAUUACAAUAAGCAGAACCAGCGCCGGUGGGUGGAUUUGGACAAGCCUCUGAAAAAGCAACUGGACAAAUAUGCUUUGGAGCCGACGGUAUAUUUUGGAGUGGUGUUUUAUGUGCCUACUGUUUCUCAGCUUCAGCAGGAGAUUACCAGAUACCAGUAUUAUUUGCAAUUGAAGAAAGAUAUCUUGGAGGGAAACAUUCCUUGCACAUUAGAGCAAGCAAUUCAUCUGGCUGGGUUAGCUGUUCAAGCUGACUUUGGAGACUACGAUCAGUAUGAAUCUCAGGAAUUUCUACAAAGAUUUGCCUUGUUUCCUGUGGGUUGGUUACAAGAGGAAAAAGUCCUGGAGGAAGCAACACAGAAAGUGGCCUUGCUGCAUCAAAAGUACAGAGGCCUUACACCUCCUGAUGCAGAAAUGUUAUAUAUGCAAGAGGUAGAGAGAAUGGAAGGCUAUGGUGAGGAGAGCUACCCUGCAAAGGACAGCCAGGGAAGUGACCUAUUUAUUGGGGCAUGUCUUGAUGGUAUCUUUGUGAAACACAAAAAUGGCCGGCCUCCUGUUAUAUUUCGGUGGCAUGACAUUGCCAAUAUGUCCCACAACAAGUCCUUUUUUGCAUUAGAACUGGCAAAUAAAGAAGAGACAAUCCAGUUCCAAACUGAGGACAUGGAAACAGCAAAAUAUGUGUGGAGGAUGUGUGUGGCCAGACACAAAUUUUACAGACUAAAUAAAUGUAGCCUAGACUCCCCAGACUCUCCGCCUGUGGAAGGCUCUCAGAAACCUUUCCUCAUUCUUUCCUUUCCACGCUUUCCAAUUCUUUCUCGUCCUUCUCUUCCCAAAGGACAAACCCAGGCUGUUACAGUGAAUCCAGUUAGAAGGAGGUCCUCUUCCAGGAUGUCUCUGCCCAAGCCACAGCCUUACAUGAUGCAACCACCACCUCCUCUACAUUACAAUGGACACUACACGGAACCAUAUACAUCGUCCCAAGAUAACCUUUUUGUGAGCAAGCAGAAUGGAUACUACUACCACUCUCAGACUAGCUUGGAUAGAGCUCCACAUGACUACAAUGGCAGAAUUCGCAAUGGGAGUGUCUAUAGUGCACACAGCACAAACUCUUUGAAUAACCCACAGCACUACUUGCAGCCAUCUCCCAUGUCCUCUAACCCAAGCAUUACUGGAAGCGAUGUCCUGAGACCUGAUUAUGUUCCAUCGCAUCGACAUAGUGCGCUAAUACCACCUUCUUAUCGGCCUACACCAGAUUAUGAAACUGUGAUGAGACAGCUUAACAGAGGAAUGAUACACACAGAUAGGCAGAGUCAUUCUAUGAGAAAUCUUAACAUCAGCAAUUCAUAUGCCUACAGUAGGCCUGAUGCUCUGGUCUAUAGCCAACCUGAAAUCCGAGAACAUGCUCACUUCACCUCCCCCCAAUCUAAUCACUAUCCUUUUAACCUGAGUUACAGUUUUCAUAGCCAGUCUCCCUACCCAUAUCCUGCUGAACGGCGUCCAGUUGUUGGAGCAGUCAGUGUCCCUGAGCUAACAAAUGUGCAGCUUCAGGCUCAGGAGUAUCCAGCACCAAACAUCAUGAAGACCCAGGUCUAUCGACCUCCUCCCCCUUACCCAUACCCAAGACCUGCAAACAGUACACCAGACCUUUCCCGACAUCUUUACAUUAGCAGCAGCAAUCCAGAUCUAAUCACACGGCGAGUUCACCAUUCUGUUCAGACGUUUCAGGAAGACAGCCUGCCUGUUGCACAUUCCCUUCAGGAAGUGAGUGAGCCCUUAACAUCAGCACGGCAUGCUCAGCUACAGAAAAGGAACAGUAUUGAAAUAGCUGGACUUGCCCACAACUUUGAAGGCAUACGAAUUAAAGAGCGGACCAUGUCAGCCUCUGCUGCAGAUGUGGCCCUUCCAAGGGUCAUGUUGGCAGGGUCACAGCCCAGCGUUUUCAUGGAGAGAACAAAGCAAGAAGAAAAUAAGGAGCAAGAAGAAAGUUUGAACUGUGAUCAUAAGAAGUCUCUUUCAGAUGCCACUAUGCUGAUUCACAGCAGCGAGGAAGAGGAAGAAUUUGAAGAAGAAAACAAAGCUAGUACAACUCUGACUCCUCUCUCUGAUGAUCAAACCCAGCUUUCUGCUAUUAUGGGUGGUUAUCCUCAUGAAUCCUUACUAAGUUACCCCUACGGUUCUGUUGCUUCACCUCCUGGCCCUUUGCAUAUCCUUGAGCCUAAGUUACAUAUUUCAGAGACGGAAAAGAGGAUAAAAGAUGUGAGCCCAGUACACUUAAUGGCUGAAACCCAGGUGCAGAGAAGAGGUGAAGGAUUGCUGACUCCAUCUAUGUCAGAAUCUGACCUUACGACUUCGGGAAGGUACAGAGUGAGAAAGGAUUCUCUGAAAAAGAGACCUGUCUCUGAUCUUCUGUCAGGGAAGAAGAAUAUAGUGGAAGGUCUUCCCCCUUUAGGAGGUAUGAAAAAGAAUAGAACUGAUGCAAAAAAAAUAGGGCCUCUGAAGCUAGCUGCCCUAAAUGGACUAACCUUGUCUCGAAUGCCUUUGCCAGAUGAGGGUAAAGAAGAGCCUACCAGAGCAACAAAUGAUGAACGGUGUAAAAUUCUAGAACAACGGCUGGAACAGGGAAUGGUGUUUACAGAGUAUGAGCAGAUUCAAAAGAAAAGGCUCCUGGAUGGAGAAUGCUCAAUAGCCCGGCUCCCUGAAAAUGCAGAGAGAAACAGGUUCCAGGAUGUCCUUCCCUAUGAUGAUGCCAGAGUGGAGCUGGUCCCAACCAAAGAAAACAACACUGGCUAUAUCAAUGCAUCCCAUAUUAAGGUCUCUGUCAGUGGCAUUGAGUGGGACUAUAUUGCUACACAGGGCCCUUUGCAGAAUACAUGUCAGGAUUUCUGGCAGAUGGUGUGGGAACAAGGGAUUGCCAUUAUAGCAAUGGUGACAGCAGAAGAGGAGGGUGGGCGAGAAAAGAGCUUCAGGUACUGGCCCCGACUUGGCUCAAGGCACAACACUGUCACCUAUGGGAGAUUUAAGAUUACUACACGAUUCCGGACAGACUCUGGCUGCUAUGCAACUACAGGCUUGAAGAUCAAACACCUUCUCACAGGGCAGGAGAGAACAGUUUGGCAUCUGCAGUACACUGACUGGCCAGAGCAUGGGUGCCCAGAGGAUCCCAAGGGAUUUCUGUCGUACUUGGAGGAGAUACAGUCAGUGCGGCGCCAUACAAACAGCACAGCUGAUCCUAAAAGCUCUAACCCUCCUGUACUGGUGCACUGCAGCGCAGGUGUAGGAAGAACGGGAGUGGUCAUAUUGUCAGAGAUCAUGAUUGCCUGUUUGGAACACAAUGAGAUGCUGGACAUCCCAAGAGUGCUGGACAUGCUGAGGCAGCAGAGGAUGAUGAUGGUGCAGACUCUCUGUCAAUACACUUUCGUCUAUGGAGUUCUCAUUCAGUUCCUUAAAAGUUCUAGGCUUAUAUGAUGCCCACCACUUCCUGUGGGACUGAAUCAUCUCAAGAGUUUAUAAAAGGAGAAUUGCAAUUGUCCAGGCAUACUUGCCUUUCUGAUGUUUUUCUGAAUAGAUAACUCAUGCAGAGUUACCUUUUCGGCAUGGUGUGGGGAUGUUAAAUGCAAGUGCAAGGUAUCGACCUUUGCAAAGCAAGAUAUUGACUGGACUAACUUCUUUCUGUGUUCAGCUAUGUUAGGAAGGUUCUAACAUAACACAACUGUGCUCUUGUGAAGUACCUGCCCACCUUCUUGAGAUUGUGUUACUCUGGGUAAAUUAACUGUCAACUUUACCAAAAGUACACUGGGCAAUUUUGGAAAUAACCUAUGUUUUUUUUAAGUCUCUAAAUUGCUUUUUUAAAAACAGAGCAUUAGCUCUGAGCAUGGAAAAAAUAUCUGUAGAGUUGCAUAGCGAGGGGUAUGACUGCCCCAUCGGAAUGCUAAGGUCUUAAGUAGUCUCACUCUACUUUCCAUUUUGUAUUUAAAACGAUGCUAAUAUAUUUUUAAAAAUAGACUUGGUUUCUUCUGGUUCAUUUAGCAGAACCAGCAGCUGCUAGAAACCUAAAAACAUCAGGACAGUUAUUUUUCUAUUCAGCAAAUUUAAUUUUUUUAGUCUUCAAAGAGCUAUACAUUUAUAAACAGCACAAGUUUUCAGAGAAGAGCAGAAACGAAGACACUCAUAUUAACUUUUCAGGAUUUGUACAAAAGUGAAAAGUACAAGAGGAAACUGUUGGUACCUGUAGAGUUCCAGGUAGUGGAAUCGGCAAGAGAAAAGUCUUGUUACCUGCAGAGUGCUAGGUAAUAAAAUAGUCAAGUAGAAGGCAUUUUCUAGGUGACAUAAAUGGUAAGAGAGAGGCACAGUUACCUACAGAGUUGUAGGUAAUAAUCAGCAAGGGGAAGAGGUUAUUGUCAGCGGUUUUAGGUAAAAGUAAAUUAACAAGAGAAGGUCAGUUACCUACAGGGUUCUAGGUAACAAAAUGGACAAGAGGAGGUAUAUAUUCAGUAUUAUUCAUAUAUUUAAAGGACAGUUUGAUUUUACUGGUUGAAAUCGAAGUGGAUGCAAAUGAUGUUUUAAGCACUUUGUUUUUUUGCUCUCUUAUUUAUAUAGCUAAGCAUAUAAACUGUAACUGUAUAUCAUUUAAUAGAUUAAAGUACCAUUACUAACCUAACUUAAUUUAGGAAGAGCCUUUGGAAAUGAUGACGUGAGAGAUAACAGAACUUAAAAGUAGGACGUUACAUAGUGGUGAAUGGGGAAUGAGUAUGUGCAAAUGAUGGUGCAAGUGUGACGGAUGUGAUUUUUGGUUGCACAUGGUUAGUGCAAAGACUUCAGUAUUUUUACUCUCUCUAGCAAGAAAAGCUUAAAAAUAUCUUAAUUUACAGUAGAAUUCUUGAGCUUAUUUUGUUAAUCAGCAGAAAGGUUUUCAUUAGCCUUGUAUCGUAUUGUUGAGUUAAGGGUGUUUAUGAUAUACUGGAGACCAUCUAAGAAUGAUAGCAACACUCAGAAAUGAUGAUUGAUGAUGUUGGAGAUGUGGGUAUUUUAGUGACCUCCUUUGCUCAAAAGAUGGUAGCAUGGUGACUGGAUGGGGCAUGAAACUGGAAGUCAAGAGACCUGAGGGUCUGUUCCCUGUUCUGCCACUAACUCGCUGUGACCUAAGUCAGAUCACUUCACCUCUCUGUGCCUCAGUUUUUCUAUUUGUAAAACGGGUAAUAAUGUUGCCCCACCUUUGUAAAGUGCUUUGAGAUUUAGAGACAAACAGCUCGAUUCAAAAGCACUCUUUGUUGUUUGUAGAUGGCUACUGGUCAAUUGAAUCCCUAAAUCUUUGGAGGACCAGUCAGUGAACAGACAGACAAACAUUUUGUCCCCCACCCCCACCCCAAGAUACCUGCUCCACAGAAUGGAAUGGGAUUAGCGUUUAUUUGUCAGUCAUUUUUAUGAUGGUCAGGAUGGUUCUAUUUACUUCUGAUUAUCUGUGAGGAAGCUUUAAGCCAUAGUGUAAGAGACUAAAAGCUCCCUUCACAAGAAAAAAUUAUGUGCAAUUUUUAAUUAAAGGAUAAUAAAGGUUUGCUUCAGUUUCCUCUGUAAUGAUCUGCUCCCAAAAUGAUAGACAAGGUCCAAAUGCCAGUGUUAAAAUAUCACUCCCCACCACAAAUUAUAUUACUAUGGGGUAGAUUGCAAGAGCCAUGUAGAGUGUUUUGGUGCCCUUUCCAACUCGUAUUGCCUUUGGUAAAAUGAGUUUUAUGUAGAGUUGCCGUUGCCAUUCUAAGCAUUGUUCUAUUAUGUUUCAUAAAGUGAAGAUCUGGUCUGUGCAUCCACGCCCUUUCUGAAAACCAGCUUGCUCUUUUCUGAGAAGGCUAUCGACUGCCUCCGAUAUAUGCUGGACUAUGAUCUUGCACAAUACCUUUGCUUGGUGUGAAACCAUGCCAGUUAUUACAGUCACUGAGAGUUCCUUUCUUUGGUAUCUUCACUAUAACCCCAUUGGUCCACUCACCUGGCACUUUUUUUCCCUUUCCCAGACUGAUGUAAAUAGAGGGCCCAGGAUAGAUGCUGCUAACUCAGGAUUUAUCUUGAACAAUUCUACAUUCAAGUUAUCCUUGCCAAGAGCUUUCCCUUUUUUAAGGAUUUGAUGGCUUGAAUGAUCUCUUCCUCAGUUGGAGUGUCUGUGUCGAUAUCAUCUUCUGCCUCCUGGAUGUUUGCUCUGUCUUUAGGUGGCUACGUGUUCAGCAAUUCUUUGGAAUGCUCUGUCUAGUGCAUUUCUUGUUCAUUUUCAGUUGCUAGUAGGUGGCCUUGUUUGUCCCUGAUGAGUGUUUGUUGGUGUCUGACGUUUACCACUGAUAAGCCACAUCAUUUUGUAGACUGUUCCUUGUUCAUCACGAGCAGCUGCAUCAUAGAAUCAUAGAAUAUCAGAGUUGGAAGGGACCUCAGGAGGCCAUCUAGUCCAACCCUCUGCUCAAAGCAGGACCAAUUCCCAACUAUAUCAUCCCAGCCAGGGCUUUGUCAAGCCUGACCUUAAAAAAAGCAUCCUCUGCUUGUGUUGCCAGAUUAUCAAUGUAAUGCUGUUUGUCCACUCUCACAAGGCGUUUGACUUCCCAGUGUGCCUUGCUAUACUGCUCAUGGUAUUUGUUCUUUAGCUUCUGGGAUUUUGUGUCUGAAACUCUUCUUCAGGGCUCAUCUGGUUUCUAUGGCAUUCCAUAUGCUGGGUGGAAUCAAUUCCUUCCUUCUGCCUGUAGCCUAGACAGGCAUCACUGCUCUGUUUAUAAAUUGCUGUUACUUUGCCCCCCCCCAUUAGGGUUGGAAGGGACCUCAGGAGGUCAUCUAGUCCAACUCCCUGCUCAAAGCAGGACUAAUCCCCAGACAGAUUUUUACCCCAGUUCCCUAAAUGGCCCCCUCAAGGAUUGAACUCACAACCCUGCGAUUAGCAGGCUAAUGCUUAAACCACUGAGCUAUCUCAUUCCCCUCCUCUUUAUCAAGGUUUGCAAGUGCUUGAAACCUGUUCUUUAACUGGAAAACAAAGGCUUUCUGUAUUUCAGGGGCCUUUAGCUUGUCAAUGUCAUAAUGUCCAUGUCCCUUGUUUGGUGGACCCACACUUCUCAGUUUUAGCUUGAUGGAGGCUGUCACAAGGUGGUGGUUGCUACCAACAUCUGUACCCCUUCUCACUUUCACAUCUAUCAGUAAUCGUUGCCAUUGAUCAUGAUAUGGUCAAUCUGGUUCUUAUCUCUGCCAUUUGGAGAACACCAUGUUAGCUCGUGAAUUUCACAAUGUUGAAAUAGAGUUCCGCCGAUGACUAGGUCAUUCAUAUUACAGAAACCAACAAGCCUCUCUCCAUUUUCAUUCAUGGUGCCACACCCAUGGCUUCCCAUUGCUCCGUCAUUGUUUGUGUUGUCCUUACCAACCUUGGCAUUCAGGUCUCCCAUGACGGUAGGUCGUGGUGUGGUACUCUCUCUAACUCUGCCUAUAAUGUAAGGUAGAAUUUGUCCUUUACUUCUUCAUCACUGUCAUUUGUCAGAGCAUAGCACCGAAUCAGGGUGAUAUUAUGUUUCCCUUUCAGUCUGGCUCUCAUAAGUCUGCUGCUGCUGGAUUUCCAUUCAAGCAGGGAAUGCUCCACUCCCUUCUUCAGAAGGAGAACACCACCCUCAUGGUGUUGUCCAUCAUCCCAUCCAGAAUACAGCAAAGUUUCUCUCGAGGCUGUUGUUAAUCUUCCUGAUCCCAUCCAUCUGCUCUUGCUGACACCCAGGAUGUGUAAGCUGUAGCGUCUCAUCUCUGCUGUGACCUGAGCUAGCUUCCCUGUUUCGUACUUUGUCCGUAUGUUCCAAAAAACAAGUCUGGUUUUUGUCUUGGUGUUGAGCACUUCAGUCUUCAUGCUAGUGGCUUCCGUUCGGCUGUCACCACUGGCAGUCAUACGGGUCAUUGACUCCUGAAAGCCAUUACACACAGUAAUGGUUGAUUUCUCCGUCACUUUUUUCUGUAACAUAUUUUGUUUUUUACGGGACAGGGUUGUUAGCUCUGUGCCUAACCCUCAACCUGGAGGACCAGGGUGUCUGUUUUGUCUGUCCCCUCUCCCACAGAUCAAUCCGGCAUGGUUGAACCUACCAGGAGCAAAAAGCCCCCGCCGACACAGACUCUGGGGAUCGUGAGAGCACACAAACUGUCCCGCCAUGACAAAGCACGGACACCAGAGGACAUUCUGCGGGCAUAUGGAAUCCCUUUACGUAUAAUCAACAUCAUCAAAAGCUUUUAUUUCAGCUUUACAUGCAAUGUUGAUCAC